CAGAACACCAAGAACAUCCUACGCCCGCAUUCGAAGCGACACCAACCGACGCGGAGGUGGCCACUCGAAAAUGAAUCUUUCAAAAGUAAAUAUGGCUGACGAUGUGCGGCAGGAGUCCUCAAAAUCACCCUCGGAUAACGCCAUUUCGGACGUCAAUCACGAUGAAGCGAUACUCGCUCAGGAGAAAGAGAUCGAACGCGAGAUUGCCGAACGCAUACCAUUGGUAGACACAAAGCAAGACCUGGAGAUCCUUGAGAAGGAGUAUGCCCUAGACGACGUAGUCUACCAGCAGAAAGUCAAGGACCUGCGCAGGAAGUACAGCCACAUCCGCAAGACGCGGCCAGACGGCAACUGCUUCUUCCGCGCAUUCAGCUUUGCGUACCUCGAAAGCCUGUUGAACGACAAGGAGGAGUACACAAGGUUCAAGAAGGUUGCCGAAAACAGCAGGGAGGACUUAGUCUCACUUGGCUUCCAGCGCUUCACCAUCGAGGACUUCCAUGACACCUUCAUGGAUGUUCUGAGAAGGAUCGAGAACAAAAUUAGCCUGGAGGACCUACUGAAGAUCUUCAACGACCAGGGCUACUCGGACUACAUAGUAGUGUACAUGAGGUUGCUAACGUCCGGGCAGCUCCAGAAGGAAGCGUCGUUCUUUGCGAGCUUCAUCGAUGGAGAACGGACGGUCAAGGAGUUUUGCAAGCAGGAAGUGGAGCCCAUGUACAAGGAGAGUGACCACAUCCAUGUUAUCUCGCUCACGCGCAACCUGGGCGUCGGCGUGCGCAUCGAGUACAUGGACCGCAACCUCAGCGGCAAGGUCAACACCCACGACUUUCCCGAAGACUGCGAACCUCGCUUCCAUCUGCUGUAUAGGCCGGGACAUUACGACAUUCUGUACCUCUCGUGACUCGCGACCAUUUCUGUCUGGGGGCGUCUCGUCAUCCUUUUUUUUUUUCAUUGUUUUUCUUGGGGAGAAAGAAGGAAAGGGGUGGGCAAAAGUUUGCGUGUGAUCGCGGCCCGCAUUUCAUUCACCUACAGCUUUUACAAGCAUUUCCGAAAUUCUGGAGAAGAAAGACAUUUCUUGUGUUCAGCAUUUCCUGUCUCUGUUGCAGAAUAUUUUGCUCGCCCUACUGAUGAGUUGUGGUGCUGAAAUGAAGUAGAGAUGAAUAUUUUGAGGCGUUGCUGAGGAAUUCGUGUAUCAAGUGAAAUGCAAAGCCUGCUGUGAGUUGAAACAGCUGAGCUAUAUUUUUGCUGUGCCAGGUUUUGUGCCAGAACACUCGCUUUGGUGAUUGUGAAGGUCAUUCCUGCAUCGGCAUGAAUGAGGGCUCAAAAUGUUUCACCAUGACAGUGCACCUCAUAUCCAAUUAGCUCCACUGCUGACUAGCCUCUUCUUUUCAAAAGCACGAAUCACCGGCUCCGUACCCAUGAAGGAAAAUAAUUUGUUUGCCAAGCUUAGCUGUGUUCUCAAACCUUCUGACGACUGUUGGGAAAGACCAUGGGAGCAUCCUGUGCCCCACGAUGCCCUUGUACUUAGGUCCCUCAUAUAAAUUGUACUUUUGCGACGUUCUAAAACAGCGGAUGGGAAGAAAAAUUGAUGCUGAAAUGCAAUGUCGUGUCUUGUACUGAGACUAUGUAAGCAACCCCAAUGCUAGGAAAGAGCGACUAUUGGGUUUUUUCAUUGCUUGGCAGCUUCGAACGGCUUGGAUUGGACACUGUUUAGGAGCCAUCUUCUCGUGAAUGUUUUAUGAUGGAAAUUCAGAUGAGUUUGCAACCACUUCGCCACCCAAAACCUAAUUUAUAAAUCCAUUUUCAUGUUUAAUUUAUGACAAACAGUGAAGAUUAGCUUGUGAAUGUUCUUUACAGCCUGACUGUGGCUUCACAGAGAGACAUGCAGGAUCGUAGCGUGCAAUUGUAUCACUCCACUCCCGUUUCCCGUUUCAGCUACAACUCUCAUGAAGAAUAACUUGAGAGUGUGGAAACGGCUUUCUAAUUGGCUCAUUGCUGUGUAAAGCCAUCAAAAUGUGUGGCUCUUACUGCAUUAUCUGAAUGUUGCUGGAAGGUAAUUCUGUUGACACAUUUGGAGUCUUGCGUUUUCUUUUCCUUCUCACUUUGAACUGCGAAACCUUGGAAAGCUUUUUUUUUUUUUUGAAACCUGUAGACACUCAUUGAUUAAAUUUAACAAUUUAGGGGUGACUUGUUCGAAGCAACGGCAUAAUGCAUCGGAAAGUAGCAAAAGAUGAUUGAUACAUUAAGUGUUGUUUUGGGAUGAGAAUUUCGUGCUCAGAAAAAGUUCCCAUGAAAACGCCCAUUUGCAGCCUUACCCUGUUGUGAUCAAAGCAGUUGUAAGCUGCCAAAUUAAGUUCCUCCAUGGUUGUCCGUAGCAGCUUGAUAUUAUAAGAUUUGAAAACAUGCCAAAAACGUUUUAUUGGUGCAACAUUUGACCUGAAAGUCUGGAUUAACCAAUUGGCUGACUUCCGCAUCUCUUCCGACCGUUUUUUUGCUAUAGCUAGCGGGUACGCCGCUGUACACUGUCACACUUUCACUGUCACACUUCAAUAUCAGAUGCUUGGAAGAGCUCGUUCCAUACUUGAGUUUUGAAAACUUGCAGAAAUCGCAAGAGUUUGUGCUGCAGUCUGUGUUGUCUGACAAUGGUUAAGGUGAGCGACAUUAUUCUGGCAUGAAUGCUUUGCACAGCAACUGUUUCAUUAAUUUUGGCCUUACCGUGGGGAGCUUGCAUCUUUUUGCGAGUGUUCGUAAGAGUGCAUAUUCCAGUGCGACAUGAAGAGAUUGCUCGGCCUAUUUGAGGCGUUAAAUGUUUUACUGGUUGUGCCAGAAGGGAGACGUUAACUUUGUGUAAUUUAAUUUUUUCUGAUUUUUUUCUGUGCUCUAUGAAAAGCCUUUGUUAACUUGUGUUUCAAUAAAGAGAGGGCUUUUUUUGCACUAA